AUGCCACGUUCCCCAGAGACACACACACUCACUCUCUCUCUCUCUCUCUCUCUCUCUCUAUAAAUACAGCUCUCACCUUCACUUGUUUUCUGUACUAAGCUAAAUAUCUAUAAAUAUCUUCACUGUGUUUUCUUUUCUUUCUGUCAAAUUACAUAUUCACUAAUGGCCAUCACUAAAGCUCUUGUUGCUUCACUUGUUCUCUCUCUACUUGUUCUUGACCUGGUCCAGCCAUUGCAAACCAACCAAGUGACUAGCAACAGUCUCACGGAUACCACCGUCGGCGAGCCCCUGGAUUGCGGCGGAGCUUGUGCUGGUAGGUGCAAAUUGUCGUCGAGGCCAAAUUUGUGCAAGAGGGCGUGCGGGACGUGCUGUGCUAGGUGCCAGUGUGUUCCUCCUGGCACCUCGGGCAAUUUGGAGGCAUGUCCUUGCUACGCCACCAUGACCACUCACAACAACCGGCGUAAAUGCCCUUAGAAACUAUCACCCGCUCUCAGGACGAGCGAGUGCUGCGACAACAUCGUACUACUCGUCAAAGCAAUGUUAUUUUGAUGCAGAACGUGCGUUAUAACGCAUCAAAACAACGAUGUUUUGACGUACGCCCCAACUAUCGUCGCUUGUUUCUUCUCGAUCGUCCGGAUUGUUUAGGGAAUAAGUAUUGGGCAGAAUAAAGCUUGUAAUCCUGUGUGUACAGAGUGUGUAGCAACAACGUUGGGUUGGGCUAUUUUAAGGCCUUUAGAUGCAAGUGCCAUUAAAUAA